AUGAACGAUAUAGACCAAGCACUAUCAGCUCUGGAGGCGCUCGCCUCGGAGCCUGGAACCUCGGCCAGCGGACCAAUCCAGUCUCUGCUCGACAAGCACUUUGCGACCGCGCGAGAGCAGCUCCAAUCGGGGUCGGAUCCAACACAGGUCAUCCAGGACCUGAUCAAGGCAGUUGCGAAGAGCAAGAAGGAGGUGGAGAAGGGGCUGAAGGGCUGGUAUAAUGGUCUGGGGAUAGUAGGGAAGGCGGUCGAGAAAGCCUUCCCGCCAAACCUCGCUGGCAUCUCUGAUGCAUAUAAUGAUCCCCCGCUCUUCUCCGAACCAGACGCAGCGGCUGCGUUGGAUAGGGUGAUAUUGGACUCUUUGGGCCGCCGUGGGCUCUGGGAGGCGGUUGACGUUGGAGCCGAGGAGAUGGGAGUGACCUACGAGAAUCGAGAUCGAGGUGUCAGCGAUGAGUUAUAUAGUAUACUGAAUGCUAUAGAGGCCGGUGAUCUACAACCUGCUAUCAGCUGGUGUGAAGAGAACGCCUCGUUCCUUGCGACCCCACCACAUCCCAGCUCCCUGCCAUACUACCUCCACCGCUCCGUCUUUCUGCGUACAACAUCCUCAAUGGCCGCGCUCGAAUACGCCCGAACCUAUCUCAUGGUAUACAUGCCGACCCAACCUGUACUUCAACUCAUCACAUCCUCUCUGUAUCCUAGUGCGGCAACGGCGGGUACACCAUAUAAUCACGACGACUACCCGCUGAGCAAGAUGUUCCAGGCGGAGUUCUGCAGGAGACAUGGGAUGGCGAAAGAGGAGCUGCUGGAGGUGGCGGUGGAUCUGGGAGGGAAGGGAGGGGCAUUGGGCGUGAUCGAGAAGGCGAGGAGGGUGAUGGGUGAGAGACUGGGCAAUGUGCGGACAUGGCAGGAUCUUCCGCUGGAAGUACCUUUACCUUCGAAUCGGCGAUAUCACUCCGUCUUUGUCUGCCCCGUCUCGAAGGAGCAAGCGACAGAAGCCAAUCCACCCAAGAUGCUCACGUGCGGCCAUGUUCUCGCGCAAGAAAGCCUCACCAGGAUGUUGAAGGGAGGAAGGAGAACGGCAAAGUGCCCUUACUGCCCUGUGGAGACGGCCCCAUCAGCCGCGCAGAGACUGUACUUUUAG